AUGCUGACGCUCCACGUUCCGAUCCCACUAUCCCGGCAUGCGGUCUCGCCGCGGCACCUCUACCGGCACCUCCUCCGCGAAGCCUCGUACCUCCCACCGAUAUCAGCGCCUUAUGUCGCGACCCGCAUCCGGGAAAAGUUCCGCGAGCAUAUGCACUCGGAGGACCAGAUCCGUUCUCCUCCACACUUUUGGCCGAGCCGGACCCUCCGCCGAACCCUAAUGGCCCGCUUGGUUCGACCCGAGCCUCCCACGUCAUCCGUCCUAGCCGCGUCCGAAGACGCCCGCAGCCCCAAGAAAAACAAGGAAGAUGCUCGAGCAACCGAAGUCUACAACAAGGCGAAGCAAAACCCGACAACGAAGAAGGGUUUUAUUGACUAUUGGGACAUGGUCAAGCUCCAGGCGUACACCAGCAGCCAGGUCCAGCAUGCCGCAUCCGGAACGCCCCCGGUAGUUUGGCGCCGAGGUCCGCCCACGAAAACGCUGCCUGUGAACACCAUACCGGAGAAGAAUAUCUGGGGCCGGCCAACACCCGUGAGGGCUAUCAGGUCUCUCCUGAAGUCGUGGUGGCUCCGGAACUUGCCAAGACCGAUCCGUCCCGCGCAAGGUGUGCCCAACCCGCUGUCGAGCAAGAAAAUGCGGCGUCUGUGCGGGAACGUUCUCCAAGUGUCGUCCAUUGUCAAAGAGGAUGACGGGACGGGCAAGGGCUACAGGUCUCGCGUGAAAUGGGGCACACUAACACCAGACCUUCCCACCGCCAAACAAACAACCUUCUUCGAAGGUGUCGAUAGCACAGGUGCGGCCAAACGGGCGCCAGCUAAGAACAACCAGGACAAUGCCCAGGUGUAG